GUGUGUAGCCCGUUCGACGACACGGUUUUGCAUAGCUUGAAAACGCUAAAAUGAGAUUAGAAGAGGAUCUAGUGAUACGUAGGAGCCGACCAACGAUGAUUUCCGCCAAGUAUCGCGCGAGAGAGGAACGCCGCCGUUUACUGAAGAUUUCGGCUGGGAAACUAAGGAGGAUCGAGGAUCCGGAGGCCAGCCUCUGCAGAUCGGUCCUCAUAAACAAUGCCGUGAGGCGGCUGCAACGGGAGAACCGGGACGAAAAGACGAGGAAUUACGGUCUUCCGGUGGUCACGUAUCUGAACGACUCCACCAAAGAGAACAACGUAUCCAGCAACCUUAUCGUCGGUGUAACGGACGACGAGACGUCCUCGAGGAAAAGAUUGAGCGACGACACGAGGAACGAUGUGCUCAGUCCGAAACGGCAGAGGCACGAUGACCUCGACCUCCAGGACGACGUGUUCAGCGAGUUUUAUAUCCUGCCGCCGACGCCACGGCUACUGUCUCACAUCGACGAGGUCCAAGAACCGGACACCACGCAUCACCACCAUCUGGUGUACCCGGAGGAUCGUUUGGGCUCGGUAGACGUUCGAUCGGCGACGACAAUGAUUAGCACAAGCACCGCCAACACCACCACCAGCAACACCAGCAACAGCACCACGACCACGAGUAGUAGUUGCUGCAACCCGGUCAUGUUUCCUAGCGAGUUGGACGAUUCGGGCGCCCAAUUGACGCAUGUCGCGAGAUCCAACGACGUUAACAUGAUGGAGACGUCGGAUGUGGUCGAUCCAGACAGAAUCUGCGACUUCGCCAGGUUCGCGGACUCUGCGAAGAGCCUGGAGGAACGUCUGGUCGAGCUCCAGUCGUUGGACGAGCAUUUCGAUCUGGCGAAAUUCGAGCGUAACAACAAUCAGAGCUGCGGCCGCGCGUUCCACGAUAUACAGACGUUCCACAGUCUGGUACCUGGCCUGGAGACUUAG